UAUGGUUUUUACAUUUGUCACCGGUGGUUGUUUUAGGUUAGACUAAGUUAAAUUUGUUUAUGAUGGAUAAAAAAUAAGUGUAAAAUAUUACAAUAAUCCUUGUUUCUCAACAUCACUGAAAUAUAAAUUUGGAAAGAACUGUACUACAAAUGACGAAACAAGAAGUGCUGUCCUUGUAUAAACUUCUUUUGCAGUCUUCAAAAAAAUUUCCUUCCUACAACUUUAGGAAUUAUGCAUUGCGACGAGUUAGAGAUUCAUUUAGGGAAUACAAAACUAUAACAGAUCAGAGUGAUAUUGCUAAACUCUAUAAUGAAGGUUGUCGAAAUUUAGAAAUCAUUAAAAGACAGGUUAUUGUGGGGCAAUUAUAUCAAUCAGGUCCAUUGGUUAUAGAAACACUUCAGAAGAAAAAUGUAAAUAACUAAUUUAUUAAAAUGUAGUUUAAAACUUACUAAUCUUCAUAGGUUAAAAAAAGAGUAGUAUUAAAGGAAAUGUUUAUUAAAUGCUACUUUUUCUCUA